CAAAGCCCUGCUUCACUCCUCUGCAGCAAACUCGGUCUCGGGCCCUUUGGAUUCAAACGAUGCGCCCAUCUUUGUGCCAUCAUGCUUAUCGUAUCUAGACUCAAAUGGAUUCCGGACAGUUUGCCUCUAAAAUUAUCCGCUGCUUUAACAAAUCUUGCCAAAUCCUCGAUCGCUCUUAUUAAACAGAUGUUUUUGAUUAUUGUGGCUGAGUGGGAGCUACCCGUUGCUUUUCACUGGAUUCCCAUAAUUCCCUCUCCAAUUUGUGCGAAUCUAGUUUUUAGUUUCUACUGAACUUGGGGGAGGGGCGAGGGAUGUGCCGCUUAGGAGUGAGAGAUGGACUUUUGGGAGAGGGAGGCAGCGCAUCCGAGGACUUGGGCCUCCUUUUCUUUUUCCUGGUCCUUUCGGGGGCGGUAUCUGUUCUGGGCAGAAACAAUGGCGAGAGCUGGAUGGCCGAGUGCGCUGUCGGGAUAAGCGGGGCGCAGCUGCUCUCCUGGAGGGAGAAGAGGCCCCUCCCAGGCACUGUUCCACUGGGAGGGUAGCGGCCAAGGCAGCAGCAACUGUCCUAGACCCCCAUUUAAUUUUGCGGGAAUGGAUGGGUGGAUGAAUGAAUUAGUGAAUAUGGGGUGGUUGGUUGGCUUUCAGUCCAGCGCAACUCCUCUUUUUGGGCCUUGACCCCUUCCUUUUAGAUACCGCUAUCUAUUUUUUAAUACGUACUGCCAGAUCUUGUGGGCCAGGGGGACGGUGACUGUACUGCGGGGGUGGAAAGAUAGGGAACUGCCAGGCCCGGUCUGUUGGGUAUGCAGCAAGGCUUUGCGAUAUCUGGGAAGAAAGUGAUUGCUUCUUCAAUUUUUAUUCUUGGCCUUCGACCUGUUUUGAGAUAUUUUAGAGUCGCAGCACGAGGAUUUCGGGAUUUUACCAUCCUUAGGCGGGAUGAAGGAAGUAUUUGAUGAUGCGUCACCAGGAAAGCAGAAAGAAAUCCAAGAACCAGAUCCUACUUACGAAGAAAAAAUGCAAACUGACAGAGCAAAUAGAUUUGAGUAUUUAUUAAAGCAGACAGAGCUGUUUGCGCAUUUCAUUCAGCCUGCUGCUCAGAAGACUCCAACUUCACCUUUGAAGAUGAAGCCAGGGCGCCCACGAAUAAAAAAGGAUGAGAAACAGAACUUGCUAUCAGUUGGCGACUACCGACACCGUAGAACAGAGCAAGAAGAGGAUGAAGAACUACUAACAGAAAGCUCAAAAGCAACCAAUGUUUGCACUCGAUUUGAAGACUCACCAUCAUAUGUAAAAUGGGGUAAAUUGAGAGAUUAUCAGGUCCGAGGAUUAAAUUGGCUCAUUUCUUUAUAUGAGAAUGGCAUCAAUGGUAUCCUUGCAGAUGAAAUGGGCCUGGGAAAGACUCUUCAAACAAUCUCUCUUCUUGGGUACAUGAAACACUACAGAAACAUUCCUGGUCCUCAUAUGGUUUUGGUUCCUAAGUCUACAUUACACAACUGGAUGAGUGAAUUCAAGAGAUGGGUACCAACACUUAGAUCUGUUUGUUUGAUAGGAGAUAAAGAACAAAGAGCUGCUUUUGUCAGAGACGUUUUAUUACCAGGAGAAUGGGAUGUAUGUGUAACAUCUUAUGAAAUGCUUAUUAAAGAGAAGUCUGUGUUCAAAAAAUUUAAUUGGAGGUACUUAGUUAUAGAUGAAGCUCACAGGAUCAAAAAUGAAAAAUCUAAGUUGUCAGAAAUAGUGAGGGAAUUCAAGACUACAAAUCGACUAUUAUUAACUGGAACACCUCUUCAGAACAAUUUGCAUGAGCUCUGGUCACUUCUUAACUUUUUAUUGCCAGAUGUCUUUAAUUCAGCUGAUGACUUUGAUUCCUGGUUUGAUACGAACAACUGCCUUGGGGAUCAAAAGCUAGUUGAAAGGCUUCAUAUGGUCCUGCGUCCAUUCCUCCUUCGUCGAAUUAAGGCUGAUGUUGAAAAAAGUUUGCCUCCAAAGAAAGAAGUAAAAAUCUAUGUGGGUCUCAGCAAAAUGCAAAGGGAGUGGUAUACUCGGAUAUUAAUGAAGGAUAUAGAUAUACUGAACUCUGCAGGAAAGAUGGACAAAAUGAGAUUGUUGAACAUCCUGAUGCAGUUGAGGAAAUGUUGUAAUCAUCCAUAUCUCUUUGAUGGAGCUGAACCUGGUCCACCUUAUACAACGGAUAUGCAUCUAGUUACCAACAGUGGCAAAAUGGUGGUAUUAGACAAGCUGCUCCCUAAACUGAAAGAACAAGGUUCACGAGUAUUAAUCUUCAGUCAGAUGACAAGAGUACUGGAUAUUUUGGAAGAUUAUUGUAUGUGGAGAAAUUAUGAAUAUUGCAGAUUGGAUGGGCAGACACCCCAUGAUGAGAGACAAGAGUCCAUCAAUGCAUACAAUGAACCAAACAGCACAAAGUUUGUUUUCAUGUUAAGCACACGUGCUGGUGGCCUUGGCAUCAAUCUUGCUACUGCUGAUGUAGUAAUUCUGUAUGAUUCAGACUGGAACCCCCAAGUAGAUCUUCAGGCUAUGGACCGAGCACAUAGAAUUGGGCAAACUAAGACAGUCAGAGUGUUCCGGUUUAUCACUGACAACACUGUAGAAGAAAGAAUAGUGGAGCGUGCUGAGAUGAAACUUAGACUGGAUUCAAUAGUCAUUCAACAAGGAAGACUUGUGGAUCAGAAUCUAAACAAAAUCGGGAAAGACGAAAUGCUCCAAAUGAUUCGACACGGGGCAACACAUGUAUUUGCUUCUAAGGAAAGUGAGAUUACUGAUGAGGAUAUUGAUGGUAUUUUGGAAAGAGGUGCAAAGAAGACUGCAGAGAUGAAUGAAAAGCUCUCCAAGAUGGGUGAAAGCUCACUUAGAAACUUUACAAUGGACACAGAAUCGAGUGUUUAUAACUUUGAAGGAGAAGACUAUAGAGAAAAACAAAAGAUUGCAUUCACAGAGUGGAUUGAACCACCUAAACGAGAAAGAAAAGCCAACUAUGCUGUUGAUGCAUAUUUCAGGGAAGCGCUUCGUGUCAGUGAACCUAAAGCACCCAAGGCUCCUCGACCUCCAAAACAGCCUAAUGUUCAGGAUUUCCAGUUCUUUCCUCCACGUUUAUUUGAAUUACUGGAAAAAGAAAUUUUAUAUUACAGAAAAACUAUUGGGUACAAGGUACCUCGAAAUCCUGACCUACCAAAUGCAGCACAGGCACAAAAAGAAGAACAGCUUAAAAUUGAUGAAGCUGAACCUCUUAAUGAUGAAGAGUUAGAGGAAAAAGAGAAGCUUCUAACACAGGGGUUUACCAAUUGGAAUAAGAGAGAUUUUAACCAGUUCAUCAAAGCUAAUGAAAAGUGGGGUCGUGAUGAUAUUGAAAAUAUAGCAAGAGAAGUAGAAGGAAAAACUCCAGAGGAAGUCAUUGAAUACUCAGCUGUAUUCUGGGAAAGAUGUAAUGAACUACAGGACAUAGAGAAGAUUAUGGCUCAGAUUGAAAGGGGAGAGGCAAGAAUUCAGAGAAGAAUUAGUAUCAAAAAAGCACUUGACACAAAGAUUGGACGGUACAAAGCACCUUUUCAUCAGCUGAGAAUAUCAUAUGGUACUAACAAAGGAAAAAACUAUACUGAAGAAGAGGAUCGUUUUCUGAUUUGUAUGCUUCACAAGCUUGGAUUCGACAAGGAAAAUGUUUAUGAUGAAUUGCGACAAUGUAUCCGCAACUCUCCUCAGUUCAGAUUUGACUGGUUUCUUAAGUCCAGAACUGCAAUGGAGCUCCAGAGGAGGUGCAAUACCUUAAUUACCUUGAUUGAAAGAGAAAACAUGGAACUAGAAGAAAAGGAGAAGGCAGAGAAAAAGAAACGGGGACCAAAGCCUUCAACACAGAAACGUAAAAUGGAUGGAGCCCCUGAUGGUCGAGGAAGAAAAAAGAAGCUGAAACUAUGAAUAUAUUUUUGUUUCAUAAUCACUAAAUUUAAACCAGUAGUUCUUUAAUUUACGGGUCUUCAUAAGAUGUACUGUACAAUGCUCAACUGUUAUGUCAUUAAAAGACAUCAGGUUCAUCUGUUUACUGAGCUAGAAACAUAGUAUGUAGUUUCACUUUUUUAAAUGCGACAGCUGUGCUGAGGUUUUUUUUUUUAUCUUUAACACUUGAAGUAAUAAAAUAGGCUUCAUUUAUUAAUAAAUGCUUCAUUUGAUUUAUUUUUCUAUUAUAGUUCCAUUUGUGAAGAUUGUGACAUUUUGUUUAUCAGCUAUAGUUUCUACACUCGUAAGAUUUAAACACAAGCAAACAACUAAAAACAAAACAAAUAUUUGUCCCUUCAGUCUCAAAUUAGUUGUGUAAUUCUUUUAAUUCAGUUUGCCUUUGCAGAAAUUUGGGUAUCUUCUUUGUGGUACCAUUGAGUCUCAUCUGGGAAGAUUAUGUAAAUUGCAUUCUUAUUAUGUGGGUAGAAUGGGAAAAAAAAAGAGGCAAGACAAAUUGUAAUUAAAUUCUAUGCAUAUUUUUGUUAUGCCUUCUGUUUCUAUAGUUGGUUCUGAGGGCCUUUUAGUUGUAUAGCCAAAGACACUUAGUAUUUUCUGGUUCCUUAAGGUGUUAUUGUACCAUUUUGUAAAAGGAAUAUUAUUAUUAUUUUUUAAUUGUUGGAUAAAUAUUUUGACAAUGACCUUCUGAAGCAGCAACAAUUUAGAAAGAUAAUGUCAGAACUGAGGUGAUUUUUUUUUUUUUUUUAAA